AUGAACGCCACGGAGGACAGCGGAUUGCUCCACGGCUUCCACAACAGGAGCCAAACCUCGGGCACGUCUCCGCUCAACGAAGACCUGUCGGAGGGGAAGGACUCGUCGGCCGGAUGCUACGAGCAGCUGCUGAUCUCCACGGAGGUGUUCCUCACCCUGGGCAUCGUCAGCCUGCUGGAGAACAUCCUGGUCGUCGCCGCCAUCGUCAAAAACAAGAACCUCCACUCGCCCAUGUACUUCUUCAUCUGCAGCCUCGCCGUCGCCGACAUGCUCGUCAGCGUCUCCAACGCCUCGGAGACCAUCGUCAUCGCGCUCAUCAACGGGGGCAACCUGACCAUCCCCGUGGCGCUGAUCAAAAACAUGGACAACGUGUUCGACUCCAUGAUCUGCAGCUCCCUGCUGGCGUCCAUCUGGAGCCUGCUGGCCAUCGCCGUCGACCGCUACAUCACCAUCUUCUACGCGCUGCGCUACCACAACAUCGUCACCCUGCGGCGGGCCAUGCUGGUCAUCGGCAGCAUCUGGACGUGCUGCACGGUGUCCGGCAUCCUGUUCAUCGUCUACUCGGAGAGCACCACCGUGCUCAUCUGCCUCAUCACCAUGUUCUUCACCAUGCUGGUGCUCAUGGCGUCGCUGUACGUGCACAUGUUCCUGCUGGCGCGCCUGCACAUGAAGCGGAUCGCGGCGCUGCCGGGCAACGCGCCCAUCCACCAGCGGGCCAACAUGAAGGGCGCCAUCACCCUCACCAUCCUCCUCGGGGUGUUCGUGGUGUGCUGGGCGCCCUUCUUCCUCCACCUCAUCCUCAUGAUCACCUGCCCCAGGAACCCCUACUGCACCUGCUUCAUGUCCCACUUCAACAUGUACCUCAUCCUCAUCAUGUGCAACUCCGUCAUCGACCCCAUCAUCUACGCCUUCCGCAGCCAAGAGAUGAGGAAGACCUUCAAAGAGAUCUUCUGCUGCUCGCACGCGCUCCUGUGCGUGUGA